AUUUUGCUCUAAUGUCUGGUACAAGCAUGGCAACACCUCAUAUUGCUGGCGUAGCAGCACUGAUAAAGCAAUACAAUCCAUCAUGGACACCAUCAAUGAUAGCUUCAGCAAUAUCAACCACAGCCAGCACCUAUGACAAUCUUGGAGAGCCCAUAAUGGCUCAUGGAUUUGAUCUCUACAGCUUGUACGCUUCUGCUCCUUUUGGCUUUGGAGCUGGCCUUGUCGAUCCCUCCCGUGCCCUCCAUCCUGGCCUAGUCUUUUCAGCAGGGUACGAGGAUUAUAUCAAUUUCCUGUGUUCGUUGCCAAACAUUGAUUCUGCAAUUGUCAAAACCGCAACAGGAGGAGUUUGUGGCCAGUUAUUUGAAAAUCCAUCGGACCUAAAUUUGCCUUCGAUUACAAUAACAUCUCUCACUGGAUCGCAAAUAGUACAUCGGACAGUCAUGAAUGUUGCAAACAAAGCAGAAACGUAUCUAAGUGCAGUGUUGCCACCAAAAGGAGUGACGGUUGAUAUUAAGCCGUCUUGGUUUAGGAUAUCUCCACAAGGAACCCAACAUUUGCACAUUAUGUUCAACGUCACCCAGGCUCUUGAUGACUUCACUUUUGGUGAAAUUGUUCUAACAGGAUCUUUAAAUCACGUCGUGAAGAUGCCACUAUCAAUUUUCCCAAUUUCUACAACGUAAUAUGAGAAAAGGCAAUGACUAAGGUUGGUGGUAGAUGAGUAGAAAAUACAUUAUUAAGUAUACUCUUAUCUUGUGCCGAGAACAUAAUUUGGUAGCUUGCCUCUGACUGGCACAUAGUUGUACCAAAAAAUGGACCGGCCAUUACCUAUAUACUCUGUAAGAUGACACAGAGUAACUUCUAUUAAAUUUUUCUAUAACUAGUAUUUUGAAAUUUU